AUGGAUGACAGAACAUUCAACUUCUCUCAUCAGGAAUUCUAUUUGAUUGGAUUCACGGAUUUGCAAGAGUAUCGACGAUAUCUUUUCAUUCCUUUUUUCAUCAUCUUUGCUUUCACAUUGUUUGCAAACUCAGUUAUAAUGUUGGUGAUUGUAAAAGAAAGCAAAUUACAUGAACCCAUGUACAUUCUGAUUGGGUUUAUUGCAGCUCUUGGGUUUAUACAGCCAAUAUUUCUUGUUCCGAGAAUGUUAAUCAGUUUUCUGUUUGGCAAAAAUAUGAUUUACAAAGAUGAAUGUCUUAUUCAAAUGUUUUGUCUGCAUAUGGCAGGUUGUUUUCAGUCGACUAUUUUAGUUGGGAUGGCGGUCGACAGAUUUUUUGCCAUUAUUUUCCCAUUACAGUACCAUGAUUAUGUAAACUUUAAAACAUCAUUGAUAUUCUGUUUGUCCCUUUGUUUCCGUAACUUGCUUUACGUUGUUGCAAUGGUCGGCCUGCUUGGGCCGCUUUAUUUUUGUAAAUCAAACGUGAUUUAUCAUUGUGUUUGUGAGCACACAUCAGUUGUUAAUUUAGCCUGUGGUGAUUUGAGUAAGAACUACAUGGCUGGAAUAAUCGGUUUCAGCUUAACAUCAAGUGACUGUGUAUUUAUAGUUUGCUCUUACAUUGUCAUUUAUGUGAUUAUUUUACGCUCUUCUUCAGGGGAGUCACGCCAAAAAGCCAUCUAUACAUGUAGCACUCAUUUAAUGGUGUUGGCGGUUGCAUUUCUCAGUGUUGUGGUUGCAUUUGUUGGCUACAGGGUUCCUACCAUGCCUAGAGAUUUACGUGUAAUAUGUACCUUGUCAUAUCUUCUUCUUCCAAACUGCUCUAACCCAGUAAUCUAUGGAAUACGAACAAAGGAAAUCAGAGUUCAAAUUGUAAAAUAUUUAGCUUUUAAUAAGGUCAAUUCAUAUUAA